UAUGGCCUUUCCUUUUUAUCAAGUGGAAUUUGUGCAAGGUGCAUUAUAGAAAUUAGAAAUGAUGGAUAAUAAAAUGAUGUAUCAUAUUAGAGUAGCAUUUAGCAUAUAAACAGAUAAAAAAAUUUCUCAGAUAGAAAUGGACACAAAGGUGGUGAGCAGAGGAUUUGCUGGUUCUUUACCUGUUGAUAGUGUCCAAGCACUUGCAUCCAAGAACCUGAAGAACAUCCCAUCCAGAUAUAUCAGACCUGAGGUCGAAUUUAUAGUUUCCAUAGAUGAAUCCCAGCAGUUUCCUGUAAUUGACAUGAGCAAACUAGAUCAUGAUGAUGAACAGAAAAAACUCCAUCAGGCUUGCAAAGACUGGGGUUUCUUCCAGUUAAUCAAUCAUGGGAUAGCAGAUGAACUGAUUGAGAAAAUGAAGAUUGACACUCAAGAGUUCUUUAAGUUGCCAUUGGAGGAGAAGAUGGCUUAUGCACAGCUACCAAAUGAGAUUGAAGGUUACGGUCAAACCUUGGUAAGGUCGGCAGAUCAGAAGCUAGAUUGGAAUGACAUGCUCUUUCUUUUUCCCCUGCCUGUACCGUUAAGAAAUAUAAGAUUCUGGCCGACCAAUCCCCCUUCCUUCAGAGAAACCUUUGACAAGUACUCGACGGAGUUGCAUAAGGUUACGAUUUAUCUCAUUAAUCGGAUUGCCAAGAACUUGGGAACUGAUCCUGAGAUGCUUUCAAGCUUUUUCGAGGAUGGAGCACAAGCUAUAAGAACGAACUAUUAUCCACCAUGUGCAGAGGCAAGCAAGGUAUUGGGUGCAUCUCCACACUCUGACGCCACAGGCUUAACACUGUUGCUUCAAGUGAAUGAAGUUGAAGGAUUACAAAUCAAGAAAGAUGAGAAAUGGGUGCCUGUUAAACCCAUCCCUGGAGCAUUGAUCGUCAACAUUGGAGACAUAAUAGAGAUUAUGAGCAAUGGAGAAUACAAAAGCAUAGAACAUAGAGUUGUGGUGAAUCAGGCGAAAGAGCGGCUGUCGUUGGCAGCAUUUCACAGUCCGAAAGCAGGUACCGAGAUUGGACCAUUGGCAGAUCUUGUUCGGACAAACAAAGCACAGUACAAGACUAUGUCACUUGAGGAGUUUCUGAGACUGAGGCUUAGCAGGAAAGUUCAAGGGAAACAUUUGUUGAAUCAAAUGAAGCUCUAGUUCAAAAUCUUAUUGACUUUAUCAGCUCUUCGUCCAAUGUUAAAUCUCUUCUUUUGCGACUUGAUUUCAAUGUUUGAAAUAACAGGAUUAUUGUAUCUGGAAAUGCAACAAUUUGUGAAAACUAUAUUUAAAAUCGAUUGAGCUUAUUUGACA